AUGUCGAGAAUUUUGAGCUUUUCUCUCGCUAUCUCUUACUUUCUCGUCGUCUCAACGAUUGUCAGAGCCACCGAUGUCCACUACUGCGAUAAAAACGAAGACUAUGAAGUAAAGGUGCAAGGAGUUGAUAUAUUGCCAUAUCCUAUAUCUAGAGGCGAGGAAACCACUUUCAGCUUUUCUGCUACCAACACAGACAAUGUGAUCACAAGCGGAAAGUUGGACAUCGAAGUAUCAUACUUUGGAUGGCGUAUUCAUUCAGAGUCACAUGAUCUUUGUAAGAAGACAAACUGUCCCGUCGCAAUUGGAGAUUUCUUGGUUGCGCACUCCCAAGCUCUACCUAUUUUUACUCCUCCUGGUACAUACUCACUUAAGAUGAAGAUGGUGGAUGGGAAGAAGAAGGAGUUGACAUGCAUCAAAUUCUCAUUUGAUGUUGGAUUUGGAUCAUCCGUGGCCGACAUGUAG